AUGGGGGACUUCAUGGCGGCUAAUGAUUUGGUUGAUCCGGGCUUUUCCGGCCCUGCCUUUACCUGGACUAACAACAAAGAUGCGAGGAGCCGCAUCUUCUCUCGACUGGAUAGAUUUUUGGUUAGCUCGUCCAUACUUGAAAAUUAUCAGGAGCUAUGGGUGGUACAUCUCGCCAGGUUGGCAUCGGACCAUUGCCCUAUCCUUUGCUCUUUCAAAGUGGGAGGUAGGAAGACCUACUCAAACUGGAUCAAGUUUGAGGAUGUGUGGACUACCUUUCCUAGAGCUUGGCAAAUUGUAUCGGAGAAAUGGAAUGUGCCUGACUCGGGAACUGAUGCAGCUAAACUACAGAAGAAAUGUAGUCGUUCUCUUAAGGCGCUAUUCUUUUGGAGUAGAAACAAGAUGGAUAAGAUGAACCAGCUGAAGGAGGAUCUUUAUGAGGAGAUAAGAAUCUUGCAGGAACUUGAAUGCUCGCUGAAUGGACUCACGGAGUUUCAAUCUAAAACAUUGCGUUACAAGGUUCAGUUGCUGAAAUCCACUUUGGCCAGAAUUACUACCUGGUGGGGGCAACGUGCCAAGGUACAUUGGAUCGAGGAGGGGGUGAAAAUACACACUUCUUUCACACCAUGA